AUGAUAGCAGCAAAAGCAGAAGCUGCAGCAACAACAGCAGCAGCAGCAGCAGCAGCUGCUGCUGCUGCUGCUGCUCCGUUCGCCGCUGCUGCUGCUGCCCCUGCUCCUGCUGCUGCCUGCCGUCCCUGCCGCUUCAGUCACUCUUGCUUUAGCAGCAGUGGCGCAGCAGCUGCCGCUGCUGCUGCCGCUGCUGCUGCUGCUGCUGCCGCCGCCGCCGCUGCUGCUGCCGCUGCUGCUGCUGCUGGAUCAGAGCUUGGCGUGUGCUGCUGCGUCUUGCUUGAGCUCCAAAAGGCCUUUGUCGAGGAUUACUUUGUCUUUGUUGGAAAAGUUCAAAACUCGAAAAAAAACCAAAGACUUGUGGGGACCCCACACAUACACCCGAAGACGAUCCCCUGGGAUCGUCGGGCUCGUGAACCGACAGCUCACGCUCCCCACACGAUCCGGAUCGCCCCCCAGCACUUCCUUUAUUAUCACUGCAGCAGCAGCAGCAGCAGCAGCAGCAGCGGCAGCAGCAGCAGCAGCAGCAUGGCAGAGGCAGCAGCAGCAGCAGCAGCAGCAUGGCAGAGGCAGCAGCAGCAGCAGCAGCAACGGCACAGAGGCAGACGCAAUGGGGCUUCUUCUUCUGCUGCUGUUUGUGGUUAG